AUGGCGGCGCUGCGCUCUAUCACGUUUGACCGUAAUUUCGGCAUCAGAGACAAGCACAUCCUAGCACUGCUCAAGGCGGUGGGCCCCCAGCUCACCUCCCUGCAGCUCGGCUGCAGCGACACCGGCGACGGCGCCCACCUCACCGACGCGGCCACCGCCGCGGUCUCGCAAUACUGCAGCCCAGACCUGCGGGUCCUGCGGCUGGAGAGUGUCCCUGGCAUGGGGCCCAAGGCGUUUGGCAGCAUCGCAAAGGCGCUGUCGGGUCUGGAGGAGCUGCAUUUCACGGGGCACGACCGCUCCCAGUGCAACGUCAAGGACAAGGACCUGGAGGCUCUCAAGAAGGACCCCGGCCUGCUGCCCAACCUCAAGUCCCUCCAUCUGACAGACAGCGGGGUGGGGGGCACCAAGGUCAGGCAGCUGUGUGGGAAGCGGCCGAUGCUCACUGUUCACUAUGGGGACACAGACAGUGACUCAUUCGCUGGCGGCAUGGUGCGCGGCAUGAUGGGCGCCGACUGGGGGGAUGGCCUGUUCGUGGAGCGUGGCAAGCAGGCGGAGGCGGAGCACAUGCGCGCAUGCGGCGUGCGCGGCGGCGCGGCGAAGCGGAGGCGGCAGUGGUAUUGA